CGCUGGGCGGCGGCGGCGCAGGGGCCGGGCCCGAAGCGUCUCGCCUUCGCGCCUUCGCGCCUUCGCUGCGUCCCGGGCGCCGCGGCCCCGGAGCCGUUGACGGCGAGGUUAGCCGCGGUCGGGCCGGGCCGCGCCGCCCCACGGGCCCGCCGACACACUGGCGCGGAGCUCCUGACCGUGUGUCCGCUGCUGGGCCGCCCUGGGGGACACCCUGGGAACAGGGCGCCGGCCCGCCGGGGUGCGAGCGCUGUAGGCCCGGGGCGAGACCCUGCAGCCGGGGCUGUCUCCGGGCCCAGGGGCCCCGAGCUUGCCCCUACCGGGCCCCGCACUGCAGCGGGAGAGGCCCCUCUCCGCAACCCCCCGCGCCCCUCACGCCCGGGUCUGCCCCCUCUGCUUCGCAGGGAGAACGUUAGAGAGCGCGGCGCAGCCCCAGGAGUCCCCGCCCGCCGGCCCCGCAUGCGGCGCCCGAGCGACGCGCCUUGAGCCUCGCGGCCCCCCGUACCGCGCGGCGGGCCACGUGCCCGCCCUGCCGGGGGUCAAAAGGCGUCACGCAGGCGCAGGGAACGCGGCACCGGCGGCCAUGGGCGAGGCGGGCGACGCCGAGGAGGCCCGUCGGCCCGCGGGGACCCGAGAGGAGUUCGUCAAGGUGCGCAAGAAGGACCUGGAGCGCCUGACGACGGAGGUGAUGCAGAUCCGCGACUUCCUGCCGCGCAUCCUCAGCGGCGAGGUGCUGGAGACGGCGCGGCGGCUGCAGGCGCUGGAGCGGAAGCUGGAAAGGAAAGAGCAAGAGUUAGAGCAACUGAGGAUGGACUGCCAACACUUUAAGGCCCAGCUGGAGACGGUGCAGGCCGACAGCGUGAGGGAGAAGAAGGAGAAGCUGAGUCUGCAGCAGCAGCUGCACGAGGCCAAGCAGCAGCUCCUGCAGCAGGCCGAGUACUGCACCGAGAUGGGCGCGGCCGCCUGCACCCUCCUGUGGGGUGUCUCCGGCAGCGAGGAUGUCGUCAGAGCCAUCCUGGCAGGGGGUAAAGCUCCGAAGUUCUUCCGCAUCACGGGUCAGACCAUGGAGAGUUUUGUGAAGUCGCUGGAUGGGGACAUCAAGGAGCUGGACUCAGACGAGAAUCAGUUUGUUUUCGCCUUGGCUGGAAUUGUGACAAAUGUUGCCGCCAUAGCCUGUGGCCGGGAGUUCCUGGUCACCUCCAGCCGCGUGCUCCUGGACACCAUCCUGCAGCUUCUGGGGGACUUGAAGCCCGGACAGUGCACCAAGCUCAAAGUGUUAAUGCUGAUGUCCCUGUACAACGUGAGCAUCAACCUGAAGGGCCUCAAGUACAUCAGCGAGAGCCCGGGCUUCAUCCCCCUGCUGUGGUGGCUCCUGAGUGUGCCGCGCAAGGAGCGGGCUGAGACCCGCUUGCGUUGCGUCUCCCUUGGCACCCGGGAUCGUCCCUGCUGCUCCACGGAGCUGCACACAGCUCGUCUGUGAGGGGCGAUGCUGCCCGGCCAGGUCUGCUCGACCAGAUCAUCUUCCUCAGAGGCUGGAAGACAGGGCCCAGGGGUGCGCCUGACCUCAGUCUGCAGGCCACCUCCUGGGCAGGCUGUCCCGGGUCCUGUGAAGCUGCCAGGGGGCCAUGUGGAGUGUCCAGAGCGUGUGUGAGACUGUGGGUGCUCGCAGAGGACCCCACAUCUCUCAGAGGGGUCAGGAGGGCAACAUUAGGCUCCGUUUUAAAGGCGGAAACAGGCCCUCAGCUGAAGCAGUGUUCGGGGGAGCGUGAGAGUUGGGCCCAGAUGCCCCCUCCCCCAGCCUCAGGGCCCUGGGUGGGCUGGAGGCCUAGCUGACAGUUGUCCUGAGGACCCCAACGCUCUGUGCUUCAGCCAGCUGACCGCCAGUGAGGCCCAGGGCUCCUGUUGCGUGUUGUGCCCCUUCUCAGCACGGGUGGGGCUGAGCCAGCCCGAAUGAAGGCAAGAAGCCCUCAGUGCCUCGCAAGCUGGGCGGAAGGCCAGGCACUUGGCUUCUCUCGUGUGUUGUUUGGGCCACACGUGGCCGUGCCCGGGGCUGCUCCUGAAGCGCCCAGGGGCCCCUGUGGUGCCGGGCCCGGGCCUCCUGCACUCAGACCUAAGCAUCUCCAUGGCCCCACAUCAGAAAAGUGGGAGAUGAACAACUCCUCCGCUGCUUCCAGCUGGGGCUGCUGCUGGGAAACAUCUGGACAGACAAACAACCAUGGUGCAGAGACAGCCGCGGGACCUCUCACUACCGGCUCCCACUUGAUCAGUUUUCCUGUAAGAAAUUUGAGACAGUUAAAGAACAUGAACUUUGGACUCUUAGACCCAAAUUCAAAUGGGAGUUUUUACACUGGGGAACUUUCCUGGCCUUUAUUUACUCUACUUUUCUGAUCUACAAAGUGGGCCCCUGGGGGUCUACGUAGUAUUACAGUAAAGUUGUGUGUGCACUGGUGACCUAAUGUAGUAGGCGUUAAAUAGAUGUUUCCUUUUGUUUCUAAUCUCUUGUGCCACAGUGAAAGCUCGCUUCCUUCUGUCGCUUUGACCUGAAGGUGCUGAAGUGCUCUCGGUACAGGACUGUCCGGCCAGGGCAGAGCCCGUGCUCGUCCUGUCCCUGACCGAGUUAUCGCAUUUCCUCUGACCUUUGCUGGAUCCCCUGUCCCUUCCCUUUAUUCAGCUCCGCGCCUGGCCCUUUCCCAGGCUUUCUCCAGAUUCUUCACAUUCCUCUUGGCCUCAAACUUCUGGUGGGCAGGGCUGAUGAAAUCAGAGUUUGCCUGAGGGUGACGCAUGUUCUAGAAGGCUCUGCCCAUGUUCCUGCGCUGGUGUCAUUGGCAUUGUCCUCCACUCUUGUCUCUGUUUGGCUUAAGUGACAGAAACAUUGGUCACUCCACCAGAUUUCCCCCUCCGGCCUAGCUCUCUCCUAAGUCCAGGCUCCUGUGUACUGGACAUCUCCAUGCGCUUCCUAACAGACAACCGAUCCUACACAGACCUCGCACCGAUGCCUAGGAGUGGCCCGUGAGAGUCUGCUAGGCCUCUCCACGCGUGUGUCCUGCAGAUGCCUCUGUUUGGGCAUCCAGUAGACAGUCACGUCCACUCUGGCUUCUGGGAGGCUUUCCACGUGGGACUCUAAUAGAGACACAGAUGUCUAAUAGACACCCGUGUCCACGUGGCAGUGUAACAGACAGACGUGUUCCCGUGGGCAGCUAACAGACACUCAGAUGUGUCCCCGUGGGCAGCUAACAGACACUCAGACUGUUGGGGCCCACUUCCGCGUCUUCCCCGUGUUGAGCCCGGCCCCCAGAGUCCCUGAUCUCAGUCGCUGACAGCGCUCUUUCCGCUCUCUGGGGCCGCUAUAAACAGUGGGAACGUUCUCGUCUCCUCACACCCACAUCCCAUCUGCUGCAGAACCCUCAUAGCUCUGCUUUCAAAAUCAACCCGCGUUGGCUGUGUGGGUUUGUUUGCUUGCCGUUCUGGGCGGUGCUCAGAGCUUAGUCCUGACUCUGCACUUAGGGAUCAGUCCUUGUAGAGCUUGGGGGACCGAACCCGAGUCAGCAGUCUGCAAGGCAGGUGCCUUCCCCGCUGUUGCAUCGAGCAGCCCUAAGUGCCUCGGAGUCUGACUCUCGCCUCGACUGCCGCCGAGUCUGAACCGGGGCACCUUCUCCCAGGGCCGGGCCGGGAGAGGCUCCAGACACGCCCCUCUGUGCCCAGACACAGUGUGAGUGGCAGCAGGGACCCCGAGUUUCCUCCCCAGUGUGGGGGGCUGCAGGACACUUGCUCCCUCUGCUCAGCUGACAGCUGUUCAUCCUAGUUAGGGUCCUGGCAGCUCUGCGUCAGAGUUAGACCACCACAGUGCUCACAG